AUGAACUGCAAUGACUCAUCUUCGGAAGAUGAUAUCGAUCUCAUAGAACAGUAUAAAACUGGAUUCUUUAUCCAAGAUACAUACACCUGGCUGAGAUACAAAUUACAUGGAGAGUUUACUGAGAGAGAUAGAAAUUAUGUUACGCUUUGCCUGGAGGACUUAAGGAAAUGGAAUGAUGGAGAGACUGAAGAUAGGAUAACAGGAGAAGAUGAUAGUAUGUCCGAAAUCUUUGAAAUGUGGCCCGAGCGAAUCCGGCAAUAUGAUGAGCGCAAUCAACCG